UUUAGUGUGCGGCGUUCUUGAACAACACUCCCUUCCAAAAAAUCCUAUCUGAUUCACAUCCCCUGCUCUCUUCCGCUCUUCCUGCUAGCCAUUCCCUUCAAUCCCUCGACCAAUAAAUUUCACUUCAAUCCCUUUUCUCUGCCGAAUUCAUUUCUUCCCUAAUUGGGUUCCUUUCUGGUCGCCUUCCAUUUUCGGUCCAGUUUCUAGUUUCUUAACAGUCAUUCAUUGCUGUCGAUGAACAGGGAAUCUCUGCCCAUUCAUUAUCGCUGAAGAAGCAUUAAUUUGUCGCCAUUCUCUCACUUUCCACUUUGUUCCCCUUUUUCUCCGCUUACAAAAAUUCCCAGUGGAGAAGAAGAUAAGAAGAAUUGGAAUCUGGGGAGAAAAGGGGAGGAAAGAAAAAGAUGAGCUGCUCUGUUUAUCUGGGUUGUUGGGUACACACGUCUUCCGUCUUCUUCGCCAGAUCCAGAUCCAAAUCCAAAUCCCUGACUCCGCCCCUCAAAACCCUCUCCUUCCCCAUCAAUUCCUCGAUUCCACCGCGACAGCGCCGGCGCAUCGCCACCGUAUCCGCCGUCCUCACCAGGGAAGAUAAGGAAUCAUCGUCCCUAGAUGAAGAAGAAUCCAAUACGAAACCCACCUUCGAUUUCAAGUCCUACAUGGUGCAGAAGGCGAUUUCGGUGAACCAGGCGCUCGACGCCUCCGUCCCGCUGAAAGAGCCGGCGAAGAUCCACGAAUCGAUGCGGUACUCCCUCCUCGCCGGCGGGAAGCGGGUAAGGCCGGUACUCUGCCUCGCCGCCUGCGAAUUGGUCGGGGGAAACGAAUCUAUGGCCAUGCCCGCCGCCUGCGCCGUGGAGAUGAUCCACACCAUGUCCCUAAUCCACGACGAUCUGCCGUGUAUGGACAACGACGACCUCCGCCGCGGGAAACCCACCAACCACAUCGUGUACGGAGAGAGCAUCGCCGUUCUCGCGGGGGACGCCCUUCUCGCCUUCGCCUUCGAGCACAUCGCCGUCGCCACGCCGACGAACGUGCACCCAUCUCGAAUUGUGAGGGCGAUUGGGGAAUUGGCGAAGGUAAUUGGUGGGGAAGGUCUGGUUGCCGGCCAGGUGGUGGACAUCAGCUCCGAAGGAAAUUCCGAGGUGGGUUUGAAAGAGCUGGAGUUCAUCCACGUACACAAGACGGCCAAGCUGCUCGAGGGCUCGGUGGUUCUGGGUGCGAUCCUCGGCGGCGGGAGCGACGAUGAAGUGGAGAGGCUGCGGCGGUACGCGAGGGACAUCGGGCUGCUGUUUCAGGUUGUGGAUGACAUACUCGACGUGACCAAAUCGUCUCAGGAAUUGGGGAAGACGGCUGGGAAGGACCUGGUGGCGGAUAAGGUGACUUAUCCGAAGCUGAUGGGGAUUGAGAAAUCCAGGGAGUUCGCGGAGAAGUUGAAUGAGGAAGCCAAAGAGCAGCUCGUUGGCUUCGAUCCGGUAAAGGCUGCGCCUUUGAUUGCUCUGGCUAAUUACAUUGCUUAUAGGCAGAACUGAGAAUCCAGAUUAGGGUCUCUGUAAUGUGGGAUUUUGUUGUAGUAGAAUUACCAAUUGGGUCGAUUUAGUAAGAGCAGAAAGGGGUGAUUGGGGGAGAUCUGUGCCACUGUGUAAUAUUAUGGAAAUAUGGGUUAUUGUAAGCAUGGAGAUUAUUAACUUAGCUCAUGGUUUGUAGCAGAGUUUAGAACAGGUGGAAAUGAUAGCCAUGAAUUAAUGGUGAGAUUAUUA